AUGACAGUGCUGGACGCUCAUUUUGCCACGACUACGAAUGUGCUUGUAGACCGUCACCGGUUCCGACAAAGGCGUCAGGCGCCUAAGGAGGCGUUCGAGGCCUACGCAGCCAGUCUGCGGGAACUUGCUUCUUUCUGUGACUACGGUGACGGCGUCGACAACGUCAUUCGAGAUCAGCUCCUCGAAGGCACUACUUCUCGUCAAAUUCGAGAACGCCUGCUCUACGAAGGUUCUACCCUCACACUCCAGAGAGCGCUCGAUAUUGGCAGACAUAUUGAACAAAUUCAACGGGAGAUUCACGAGGUUGAUGACGCCUCUGUGCAGCGCGUGGUACCGAAGAAAACUGAGAAAUCUACUUCGGCAAAAGGAUGUUGCUACCGCUGCGGGUCACAAACUCACAACGCAAACUACGACAAAUGCCCGGCGAAGAAUAAGCGUUGUCGCCGCUGCAAGAAGAUUGGCCGCUUCGAAGCAGUGUGCAAGUCGAGCGAGAUGUCUAGUGUUCAAGCCGUCAAGGAUCCGAAGUCGGCGGAAGCUAACGUCGUCACCGUUCUGCAUAUCGGCGGCGAUUACAGACGUGCACGGGAAAUAUCUACGGAGGAGCUCAUCGGCAACGUUCCCAUUCGUUUUCUUGUGGAUACGGGGGCCACGGUUUUUCUGUUGAACGAAGAAGACUACCGCAAGAACUUCGCUGAAAGGUAUCCUCUGAGUGCGACGUCAGUCGUAUUGCAAACUACACGAAGGAGGAAAUCCCAAGCGUCGGAUGUUUUCUGGCCGAGGUAA